AUGAACUACACCGGCGACGUGCUGAACUUCGGCGUGGCGGUCGAGAAGGCCCGGGCGGCGGGCCGCGCGGUGGAGAUGGUGGUCGUGGGCGACGACGUCGGGGUCGGCCGGGCCCAGGGCGGCAAGGUCGGGCGCCGCGGCAUCGCGGGGACGGUCCUGGUCCUGAAGAUCGCGGGGGCGUUGGCGGACCGGGGCGCCGGGCUCGAGGAGGUCCGGCGGGUCGCGCAGAUGGCGGCGGGGAAUACCGUGUCGAUCGGGGCGUCGUUGGGCCACGUCCACGUCCCGGGGAGGGGCCCUGCGGAAGAGGAUGGAGGUGGGCUGCGGGCGGGUGAGGUGGAGAUCGGGAUGGGCAUCCACAACGAAGCGGGUUCGGAAAGGACCCAGGCCGACCUGCCGGGCGUUGUCAAGACCAUGCUGACAUACAUGCUCGAUGCCGAGAGCGAGGACCGCGGGUUCAUCAGGGUCGGCAGCGAGGACGAGGUGGUGUUGCUGAUCAAUAAUCUGGGCGGGGUCAGCGUGCUGGAACUGGGGGGCAUCGCCACGGAGGCCAUCACGCAGUUGCGACGCGACUACGGCAUUCGUCCCGCGCGGAUCCUCGCUGGCACAUACAUGACAUCUCUGAACGGCCUGGGCUUCUCGCUCACCCUGCUGAAGACCGCCGAGCUGGGCGCGAAAUACACAAUGCUGGAGUUGUUGGACGCCCCUGUGGAGGUGACGGGUUGGUCCUCGGGGAUCAGCAGCAAGGCAUGGUCAUCACCACCGAAUCAGACAGAAGAAAUCAGACCACAGGAGACCGACCGAAACGAGCCUUGCGGGUUGGACCUGGACGCUCAAUUGACCAGCGAGGCCCUCGAUCAAGCCCUGGAACGUGUCAUACAGGCCGAGCCCGACAUCACGAGAUUCGACACCGUGGUCGGCGACGGCGACUGUGGCGUGGGUCUCAAACGUGGCGCCGAAGCCAUACGUGCCGAACUGGCUCAGAUCUCCAAGCAGAGCGACGCUGCACUAUUCCUUGACCGGGUCACUGCCGUGGUCGAGCGGACCAUGGACGGCACAUCGGGGGCUCUAUAUGCUAUUUUCUUGAACGCCGUGUCCACCGGACUGAGGCGGCAGCACGCGGGCGACAAGUCUACAGAGAUCAACGCUGCUGCCUGGGCCAAAGCUCUCGUAUUCGCUCUUGAAAGCCUGAGUCACUACACACCCGCCAAACCGGGGGACAGGACCCUGAUGGAUGCGCUGCAACCUUUCGUCGACGAGUUGCAUCGGAGUGGGGAUGUCCAGCUUGCCGCCCAGGCAGCCGCCGAGGGCUCGCAAGCGACAAAGGGCAUGAAAGCCAGCCUUGGCCGCACCGUCUAUGUGGGCGGCAGCGGGUUUGAGGAGGUCCCUGAUCCAGGCGCUCACGGCCUGGCGCAAUUCUUCCAAGGCCUAGCAGAGGGACUGAAGUGA